AUGACUGGCCUCUUCCGCGUCAAGGCCCUCUACGAGUACUCCUCGCCUCAUGAGGAUGAUCUCACAUUUUCAGAGGGCCAGGUCAUCACUGUUACCGAAGCCGACGAGGAAGAUUGGUAUACGGGCGAAUUUAUCGACGACGACGGCGUCAAGAGGGACGGCCUCUUUCCCCGCAACUAUGUCGACAAGAUAGAACCCGUCGCGCCCCCUCGUCCUGCUCGCCACCGUCCGAAAAAGGACGACGUUAGACAGCCUGCUGUUGAGCAAUAUACUGCGCCCUCCGAGCCAGAGCCCACUCCCGUCCAGGAGGAGCCCGCACCUGAGCCGGCACCAGUACCUGCGCCCGAGCCUGAGGAGGAACCCGAGGACGAGGAGCCGGCUGCCAGUCCCCCGCCCCCUCAGCCUGCACCGGUCCCUAUUCCGGUCGCUUCCGCUGCAAAGCCUGCGGCGCAAACAUCUGCGCCUCCGGUUGCUGCCACCAAGGCUAGCGAGCCUAGAGCUACCAGCCCGCCGCCCGUGUCUGAGAAACCAAGUGGCAAUUCAUUCAAGGACCGUAUUGCUGCCUUCAACAAGACCACCGCCCCGCCAAUCGCCCCCUUCAAGCCCAGCGGCCUCAACGCUGGUGGUGGUGGUGGUGCCGGCUUCAUCAAGAAGCCCUUUGUUGCGCCCCCGCCUAGCCGAAAUGCUUACGUUCCGCCCCCGCAGAAAGCUCCCGUCGCCAAGAUCUACAAGCGUGAGGAAGACCCAGAAAUCAAGACCAAGGAGCAGGAGGACCAAGAGCAGGCUGAAAGGGCCGGCCUCGUCCCCAGCGAGUCUGCCGAGGGUGCCGAGGAUGAGGACCAGCCCAAGCCCACCACCCUCAAGGAGCGCAUCGCCCUGCUCCAGAAGCAGCAGAGGGAGCAGGCCAUGCGCCACGCCGAUCCGGGAGCCAAAAAAGAGAAGCCCAAGAAACCGCCCAAGAAGCCUAGCGAUGCCGCUCCCCCCCCUGCCCAUGCCCCGGCAGAGGAAAUCGUCGAAGAACACGACGCUGCUAGCGAGGUGCAUGAUACUCCGCCCCCGCCUGUCCCUGUACGGAGAUCUACCGAAGAAGCCCGGCCAAGGACCUCGGCCGACGACGGCAGCGCCGUCUCCCGCCCCCCUCCGUCUCACAGGCGCAAGUCGUCCAGGGGCCAAACCCUCGAGACCCUUCACGACGGCAACGAUGCCGACAUGUCAGGCGCUGGCGACACUACAGAGGGACAGGACGACACGACAGAGCGCGAGGACGAUGACGACCAGCCUCCCCGUCAAGCCCCCCAGAUCCCUCUGCCUAUCCCCGGCGCUGCCCCCCCCCCUAUCGCUUCGCGACAGCCAGAGGCCGAGGACCAGGCCGAGAAGACUGCCAGCCAAGGGGAGGAUGACGACGCUGAAGAGGAGGAGGACGACGACGUCGACCCCGAGGUGAAGCGCAAGGAAGAGCUCAGAGCUCGCAUGGCCAAGAUGAGUGGCGGCAUGGGAUUCCACGGCAUGUUUGGCGUCCCCGUCCCGGGCGCUGGUGCACCGUCGAAGAAGAAGGCGCCCAAGCCUGAGGCAGCGCCUGUACAGGAGGAAGAAGCGGAGGAGCCGACUGCCCGGGCCCCUCAACCUAUCCCAGCCAUGAUGGCCUUGCCGGGCAUGGGCGGGCCCAGGAAGUCUUCCGAGGACGCUGGCAGGAGGUCUGAGGACUCCGUAGCUUCUCAGCAUUCGGCGGCAUCCCCCGCCACCCGUGCCCCUCCGCCUCCGAUCCCCUCUCGCGGGGCCGACCAAGAUGACUCCGACCAAGAGGAGGACGAAGAUGACGAGACGACGCCUGCUCUCACUCCUGCCCCUAGUAGUGCGCUCCACCCCCUGCCGGUGCCACCCACUGCUACCAGACCACCUCCGCCACCUGUUCCUUCCGAGUCGCGACCGCCGCCGCCUCCGGUUCCGGGCAAUGUCCAGUCUCCGACAGAGGGCUCCGCCUCGGACUAUGAUGAGCCUACGGACAAUGCCAGGGACGAUGUAACCGACAAGGUUACCCCAGAGGCUCCCCCGCCCCCUGGGCUCCCCCCAACGCUGCCCAUCUCGACGCAGACGGCCGAUAUCCCACUCCGAUCCCCACCUAUGUCUCCCGUCGCUACCGAGGGCUCGCCGCUGUCUCCGACUAGCAAGCGCAGCAGCCGAGUGCCACCUCCGAUUCCCGGAAGCGCCCCGGCACCACCUCCGGCCUCGACGAGGCCCCCUCCUCCCCCGCCGCCCGGACCUGGCGGUCUCAGCCGGCAGUCGACGUCUGACGCUCAGCCGCGAGGUGUCGAGUUGCCCCCGAGACCGCCUCAGGCCGGUGAGGAGAACGAUAGCCAGGCGUCUGAAUACGAGGGAGACUACGACACGGACAUUGCAUCGUACGUCCCCCACAAGGAUGCACUCAAGGGUCACGCGCGCGCAUCUAGCCUCGAGGAAGCCUUGCCGCUUUCCCCGGCAGACGUGCCCCCUUCGGCACCGCCCCCCGUUCCCUCGGCAGCGGCCCCGCGGGCAGUCCCUCCGCCAAUCCCGUCGCAGCCCCCGCCGGAGUCGAGGCGGCGAUCGGUCGACUUUCCUCGGUCGACCCGGCCGCCUCCGCCCCCAGCUUCCAACCCGAUCUCGCCGGCGGUGGGGCAGGACGAUUACGACCCGUACAACUACGCCGCACCUGGGCAGAAGACUACACGUAUCGACGAGGAGGGCGAGCUGCCCUCGGUGCCCAGCUCGCCUCAGGCCGAACGCAGAGCAGUGCCCGCGGCGCCCACCAGCCGUGGCCGACCGUCGCUCGAGAUGGGUCGGCUGAGCAUGAGCAACAGGCGGUCGGUGGACAUGGCACGCCCCGGUGUCGACUCGAGCUUCAUCGCCGAGGACAUUGACCUCGGGGUGCAGAGCGGCUGGUGGAAACAGGCCAACCAGGUGCCGCCGGCACUUCAGGGCAGGCGGGACGUGUUCUACGAAUGCGACGAUGCGACGACGACCAACCAAGGAUCGAAGACGGAGAUCACGCGAGAGAUCUGGGUCCUGUUCCAGGACUACUCGCAGACCAUCAUCACGGUGCGGUACGACCCGUACGAUGCGUCGGAUGCGGAGCUCGAGCAGCGCCACGAGCCACCUCCCAGGAGCCUCCGCCAGGACCAGAUGGAGGACUUUUACGAGCGCUUCGGGCGCCCCAUCUCGGAGGCGGCGGCGGCCAAGAAGGAUACGGUAGUGGGCGACGGAACGCCCAUGGGCCUAGUGCUGGAGCUCCUCCGGCCGUUCCGGGACGCUCUCAAGCCGGUAGGCACCCGGGCCUUUGGUGCCCUGGUCUACUCCAACAUGGGCAACGCGUCGACGCAGCAGCACGACGUGAUCCGAGCGGGAGACAUCAUCUCGAUCCGCAACGCGCGCUUCCAGGGCAAGCACGGGCCGAUGCACGCCAAGUACUCUGCCGAAGUCGGCAAGCCGGAUCAUGUGGCGGUGGUGGCAGAGUGGGACGGGACGAAGAAGAAGGUCAGGGCGUGGGAGCAGGGGAGGGAGAGCAAGAAGGUCAAGCAGGAGAGCUUCAAGCUCGACGACCUGCGCAGCGGAGAGGUCAAGAUAUGGCGCGUCAUGCCGAGGAGCUGGGUCGGGUGGAACAGCCUGGCCUAG